ACGUACGACGUUCUUUUUGGACUUCCCGCUCUUGUGGCUCUACGAGCAAACUUGGAUUUCGAACGAAGAUCGAUUAUCCUGCGAAAUACAAGAGGAAAACCCUACGCUGUGCCCAUGCGAUUAACCCUUCGUACUACCAUUAACACGGUCCCACGGGCUUCGCCGCUGAUGGCAGGGACUCUCCGCAUGAUCUCCUGGGACGAGUCCGCCGAUGAAAAGUCAUCGAUGAAUGAUGCGGGCAGCAGCGAUGAGGAUGAUCCGGAGAUCUUGAAAUUAGCACGACAGCGCGUUUACUACCCACCGCCCAAAGCGAUAGCGAGAACGAUGCAACUGACCAGCCGAAAAAUUCAAAGGACCAAGGCGAUGAUCUUGGGUGAGCCCCUCGUGCAAAUUUCGAGGAUGGUCGAUUCUUUGGAACCCCCUCAGACUCUAUACGAAGGAAUCACCCCUCUCCUCGCCCGGUAUAACGACAAGAAGCAUUACUGUGACAUUACGGAUCUACCCAAGUCCUUAUUGACAUCUGCUAAAGAAGUGAGAUUGUUACGCUUGGGGGCGGAAGCAAGUUCUCUGAAACCCCCUGGGCGUCUCGAAGCAGAAACAGACGAAGUGGGGAUAAAGAUCGCAACUAAGAACGUGCCAUGGCAGGAUAUUCGUGACGGAAUUACCCCGGAAGGACACGUGGCAAUCCGGGAAGAAGAUGCCCAGAUGAUGGCCACAGUGUUCUCUUGGCGAUCAGACCAUUCGUUCAUCUCGGUGCCUCCGCCCGAUGUGGCAAAACAGGCGCGCACGAAACAGAUUGACAUUCGGAUCUGGGACCAACUUUUCGAGCUACAUGUUCCACAGUACGUACCGUAUGAAAUCCACCGUGUGAUUGCGGAUAUUCUAACGGAAUAUCAAGGAGCGAUUAGUGUGACAGACACUGACAUCGACUUAUCGUUAGUAAUCCAACAUGAGAUUCAAACAGGAAAUCACUCCCCGAUUCAUUGCAAACCUUACCGGUAUUCGUUGAUUGAACGCAAAAAGGCUCUCGAACAAAUUCGAGAGUUCAAAGCCAGCGGCUGGAUUGAACCCGCUACCGGACCUUGGUCAUUUCGCGUAGUAUUAGUACCCAAGAAAAACGGAGGGAUUCGCAUUUGCAUUGAUUAUCGAAAGUUGAAUGAGAUCACAAUCAAAGAUGUGUAUCCCCUCCCCCGGAUUGAUGAUUUAUUGGAUGUGAUUGGAUGUGCCAAUUAUUUCAGCAAGUUUGAUAUUCGGCAUGGUUUUCAUCACAUUCUGGUUAAAGAGGAAGAUCGGCCGAAAACGGCCUUUGUGUUGUUUGAGGGCACAUGGCAGUGGGUUCGGUGUCCGAUGGGGAUUUGCAACGCGCCGACCACAUUUCAGCGAGCGAUGAACAUGACGUUCCGGAAUUUCAUCAACAAGACACGACUGACGCAAGGGAUGAUUAACUUCUGCGUGAUCGUGUACAUGGACGAUAUCCUGGUCUAUUCGGAAACCUAUCACAGGCACGCGCAGCAUAUCGAAUGGACGUUGGGCGCAUUGAGAGACGCUGGGUUCAAGAUUGCGCUCGAGAAGAGCGAAUUUUUCCUCUCGGAAAUUUCGUUCUUGGGCUACGUCGUGACACGUGGAGGACUACGGUCGGACUCAAGAAAGGUUGCGGCGGUGAAAGAAGCCCCGGUUCCCACAUCACUGACGCAAGUUCGAGCUUUCUUGGGGUUAGCAUCAUACUACCGGCGCUUCAUCAAGGGCUUUGCCGCGAUUGCACGACCAUUAACGAAUCUGUUAAGGAAGGACCAGCCCCUCAGCUGGGACGCGGAGUGCCAACAGGCUUUCGCAACCCUCAAGGACGCUCUGGCGACGGCCCCUAUUUUGAUUCGGCCGGACCCCUCGAAACAGUUCAUUCUCAUCACAGACUGGCAAGCGGAAGCUAUCUCCGCUAUUUUAGCGCAGAAGGGGAUCGAUGGUCGUGAACACGUCAUCGAAUACGCGUCACGCACGGUACCGGACGAACGGAGGAAUGACUCAGCACCUCAAGGCGAAUGCUAUGCAGUGGUCUGGGGAAUCCAGCACUUCCAUCCGUAUCUCUACGGACAGAAGUUUCGCCUCGUGACGGAUCACGAGCCUCUGCUAGCUUUGAAGAAGCUCACCAACUACACGGGCGUGAUUGGCUGUUGGGCGGUGCGACUGCAAGAAUACGACUUCGAUAUCGUCCAUCGAAAGACGGAGCGACACGGCAACGCGGACGGGCUGACACGUCGGCAUCGACCUUCCAAGGAUUUCACCAAGGAAGAUCGGAGGAGGGCCAACGAGAAGGCUCGGGAUUACAGAUGGAUAGAGGGCAGAUUAGAAAAACGGAAAACAGACGGCAGUGGGAUUUGGAUGGUUGUGCCGCAUCCAUUCAUGCGGUAUGACUGGGUUAAGACGGCGCACGAGGAAACUGCGGCUCAUUUUGCCGUACGAAUCACGGAGUCCGCUAUCUACAAAAAUGAGUGGUACUGGUCCAAUAUCCGCGACGAUGUGAAAUACAUCGUCGCCAACUGUCAAGUCUGCGCCGCUGAUAAAGCGCCGAUUCAGCCCCCAAGGUGGAUAGUGCCCACAGUAGUUGAACGGUCGUUUCAAAGAGUAAGCAUGGAUACUACCGACAUAGUAGUGUCCCCUGGUCCUAAUAGUUAGUUCCGGUUCACGAGCAAUCCCCAGGUGAUGGUGCUGGCCGAGGCAACGGCGUUCCAACGACGAGCGGCCCCGGGUAUUAGCCACGUGUCUACUGUGGUAGUCUUUAGCGGCGACAUCACGGCCUUCGAUCCGGCGUCGCAAGCCGCCAUCAAGAGCACCUUGUACAAGUGGGUCGUGAUCUGGCCACUGAUUGGGAUCGACGGCUCACAAGGCACGGUGACGAAAUUCGUUGAGCUCUCGUUCUGCCUGCUACGAGUGGACCUGAACUGGACGUGGGAAGGCGAUCAGAGGCCCGUGUCAGAAACCGUGGAGCUGCUCGUCAUUCAGGCGUGGAGAACUAACGUGGCGGGAGACCUUAUGGGAUUCGUCUUUGGAGCUGUGGAUCGGGGAUACCGAUCACAGAUCGUGCGCGAACUUACGAUCGUGAUCGCGCGACUGGCCGACGAGCUCCCCCUCGAUAUCGUCUCUCAGAGCGACGAAGAGCCCGUGCUGCAUGUCCUCUCAAGGACUCUCGCCCCGAGCCUCCAGUGGUCGGCUUGUAUCGAGGAGCGCUGGGCGGACGACCGUUUCCCAUCUCGCAGCGAGUACCUGGACGUCCACAACCUAACUAACCCCCGCUUCUUUCGGCAACCAACGGCGUUCGAGUGGGCAACACUGAGAGCAGAGGAAGAAGCAGAAGAAGAAUCGGAAGGAGAAUUAAGGAGAGAGGUCGGAGAAGCGGCGGCCCGGUUGGCCGAGGACGAGGAGGAGGAAUGCGAAGCAGAAGAAGAAGCGGCAGAAGCCGAGGACGAAGAAGAAGAAGAGGAAGCCUAUAGCGAGCACAGUGAGGGGGAGCAAAGUGAGGAAGAGGAAGACGAAGACGAUGACGAGGGAGUGGAAAGCGGAGAAGACGAUCGGGAGCCAGCGUACGACGACGAACUCGAGUGGGUGCCAAAUCCGGAUCGUCGAGAGGAGAAUCCUGAGGCCGCUGCGCAGCACAAGAAGGAGGUCGCGGAGGGAAAACGGCCAGUGAUCGACCCCACACCGAACGACCCUUCCAAGGAUCCCGAGCCGCCCAAGCCGGAACAUGGGGACCUUGCUGCCACGACCUCGAGCGCCGCGACGACAAGGCGCUGACCCCGAUCCCGAUCCUCAUCCCCCUCCGCCCCCGCCCGUCCCCCAAUUCGUCAACGUGUCGAUGAGGGGCUUCGCCCUUCGUCCCCGAUCCAUAUACCAUCGUCCCCUUAGCCAUCUCUCUUUCAAUCAGUAUCUUCAUCGCGUCGUCUUCCCCCGUAAUCCCUUCCCCAUCGCCACCUUCCGACAUUUCUACUCCGCCUGCCUAGAGCUGACUGUCCAUCCCCACCGUUCUGUUCGGUGCGCCGUCCCCGAUUACCUCCUCCACGUUCUACUCCUUAGCGCCGCGUGGCGAGGCCG